ACCUUUUAAUUUACUAUGCUAAUAUCAUUAUUGCCUUUCUACAAAUUGGCAUCUUGGUCAUUUCUUUGAGCUUGGUUUUCUUCUAUUCUAAUUUCUACAGCUUUGGUGAUCAUCAAUUUUACUAGACUACGCCAACCAAUUUAGAAAUCAUGGUGGAAGAAGGUGGGGAUGCGGUUGCAGUUGAUGCACGUUCAACAGAAGAUUGGUUGUUGCAAGCACAGGAACUUGUUCCUGUUGCUCUUGCUAAAGCAAAAGAGGUUAAAGGUUUCCCUGGUAGGUGGAAGAUGAUCAUAUCGAAAUUGGAACAAAUCCCAUCACGUUUAUCAGACUUGUCUAGCCACCCUUGUUUCUCAAAGAAUGCUCUUUGCAAGGAGCAAUUGCAGGCUGUGUCAAAGACAAUCAGAGAAGCCAUUGAAUUGGCUGAGUUCUGUGUGAAGGAGAAGUAUGGGGGUAAGCUUCGGAUGCAGAGUGAUCUUGAUGCAUUAACUGGGAAACUGGAUUUGAACUUAAGGGAUUGUGGCCUUUUGACCAAGACAGGUGUGCUUGGUGAGGCUACUUUGCCAUUAACUGCUUCUGGUCCUAUGGCAGAAUCAGAUAUUGCAACACACAGCAAUAUAAGGGAACUUCUUGCUCGCCUUCAGAUUGGUCACUUGGAAGCAAAGCACAAAGCUUUAGACAAACUCUAUGAUGUUAUGAAAGAAGAUGAGAAGAAUGUUUUGGCUGUUCUGGGUAGGAGCAAUGUUGCUGCUUUAGUUCAAUUGCUUACAGCAACAUCUCCUAGGAUAAGGGAGAAAACGGUUACUGUUAUAUGCUCUCUUGUGGAAUCAGGUAACUGUGAAAACUGGCUAGUUUCUGAAGGAGUUCUGCCACCUCUUAUAAGACUUGUUGAAUCUGGUAGCACUUUGAGUAAAGAGAAGGCUACAGUGUCACUUCAAAGGUUGUCAAUGUCAGCUGAAACAACCCGUUCAAUUGUUGGACAUGGUGGGGUUCGUCCAUUGAUUGAGCUUUGUGAAAAUGGUGAUUCUGUGUCACAAGCUGCUGCUGCUUGUACUUUGAAGAAUGUAUCAGCUGUACCUGAGGUGAGACAGACUCUUGCUGAAGAAGGUAUUGUGAAGGUUAUGAUCAACCUCCUGAACUGUGGGAUUUUGUUGGGUUCCAAAGAGUAUGCUGCUGAGUGCUUGCAGAAUCUCACUGCAAGCAAUGAGAAUUUGAGAAGGUCUGUUAUAUCAGAAGGUGGUGUUAAGAGUCUUCUGGCUUAUCUUGAUGGUCCACUUCCUCAAGAAUCUGCAGUUGGAGCAUUGAGAAAUUUGGUUGGAUCAGUUUCUGAGGAAAAUUUGGUUUCUCUUGGUUUCAUACCCCGUUUGGUUCAUGUGCUGAAGUCUGGAUCCUUGGGAGCUCAACAAGCGGCUGUGUCUGUUAUAUGCCGAGUUUGCAGCUCAAUGGAGAUGAAGAAAAUGGUUGGUGAAGCUGGAUGCAUUCCUCUUCUUGUGAAGAUGCUUGAGGCUAAAGCAAACAGUGCAAGAGAGAUUGCUGCUCAAGCAAUUGCGAGCUUAAUGGUUCUGUCCCAAAAUCGCAGAGAUGUUAAGAAGGAUGAUAAAAGUGUGCCAAAUUUGGUUCAGUUGCUUGAUCCGAGCCCACAGAACAAUGCAAAAAAAUAUGCAGUUUCUUGCCUUGGAUCACUUUCUGCAAGUAAGAAAUGUAAGAAACUUAUGAUUUCAUAUGGAGCAAUUGGGUAUCUGAAGAAGCUUUCAGAGAUGGACAUUCCAGGAGCUAAAAAGCUACUUGAGAGAUUGGAAAGAGGGAAAUUGAGAAGCUUGUUUAGCAGAAAAUAGAGGAAAAAUUACCAGUUGUA